AGCGAGGAGGUCACCUCUACGGACGGAGCACAUGCGAACGACAACGCUGCUGCUGUCCGCAGCCACCUCACCAUUCACGGUGGACAGCGCAGUUUCCGUCGGGAGGAGGCCCUACGAAGACGCCGCGAGCGAACCUAAGGAAGAACCCAGGGUGGACGAGCCCAAGCUGCAGCCCACAGUUGAGUCCGGCAUCGAUCCCAGAGCCAAGCCGAAGGUCGAGCCCCUUGUGCAACCCAGCUUCGAGCGCAGUAGGGGGCUCGCGUCGCCGCUUCCGCAGCGGUCGCCACCUGGACGCCGGGAUCAGCAACCUCUCAACAUGCGGGACCGGAGGGACAGGCCCAAAGCCAAAGGACAGGCGUCUCUCUGCAACAGACUCUUCGCGUCUGGUCUGGCCCUCGUGUUGGUGCUCACCAUAGCAGUUUUGAGUAUGGCUCUGAUGGAACACUGGUGGUACCGUGACCGACCAAUGGUCAAGGGCUUGUUCGGCGCCGUGCGUGGGGAGAAGAUUGUGGUCAGUGACCAGGGACGCCUGCGGACCGUGCACGCUUUCCUGGGCGUCCCGUUCGCCAAGGUGCCCCGAGGACCUCUGCGCUUCAAGCCGCCGCAACCGUUGGACUCGCCACUGGGGAGGGACGAGAGCGGCCAUGCUUUGGACAGCCUAACCAAGCGGCCGCCCUGUCCGCAGCAAGACUUCUACCUCGGUCAGCAGUUGGUCAACACAGCCAACGGUAGCGAGGACUGCCUGCACGUCAACAUCUGGGUGCCAGCUCGAAAUUGCUCGCCCGAUGCGGAGCCCGGCUCGUGCCAAGGGAAGACCGUACUCUUCUUUCUCUACGGGGCAUCCUUCCAGAACGGCGGGAACAGCUUCGAGCUCUACGACGGCCGGUACCUGUCCGCCCUGGGCGACCUGGUGGUGGUCGUGCCGAACUACCGGGUCGGCGCGCUGGGCUUCAUCAGCGGCCCGUCGGCCAACACGUUGCCGGGCAACGUCGGCCUGCACGACCAGCGACUGGCACUCUCGUGGACGCUGGCCAACAUCGAGCUCUUCGGCGGCAACGCGUCCCGCGUGGUGCUGGCCGGUCACGACGCCGGGGCGACAUCCCUGGGCUACCACCUGUUCAGCGGGGACUCCGGCUUCUGGACGCGCAGCGUGGCACGAUUCAUCCUGCAGAGCGGGGGACCCUUCCACAGGUACGAAGGUGAUGGCGUCAAAGGCACCAUCCGCCUGGCGACCAGCCUCCAGUGCCUCGCGGACUUGGUGACCGAGGCGUCGCUGCGGUGCCUGCAGAACGCGUCCGUGGAUGCGGUGGCCCGUAGCAAGAUGUCGCCCAGCUUCGUGCCCGUGUUCAAGAGGGCGCCACUGUCCAAGCCGCACAUACGGCGAGCCCUGAAGACGCCAGCCUCAGAAGCGUCGGGGCCCCAGGGCAAGCAGUUCCUGCUGGGCAGAGUGCAGAACGAGGGCUCCUACCCGUGGUUCGUGCAGCAGCAACGUACCGGCUCCGGCGAUCCCCAGCAGCUCGCCGCACUGCUGAUCGGACUGGAUAACCUUGACCGCUGGCAGAACGCCACGGGCAUCGUACUCGAUCCGACCGUCGCUGACGAGUCGUACCAGGAGGCCGUAGGGGACGUCCUGGAGUCGUGUCCAAUGUCCCAGCUGGCCGAGCAGCUGCACGCAUGGAAAAAUCGCGUGUACGCCUACGUGCUGGGUUACCGGCCCGCGUACUCUAGCUGGACGGACGAGACCGAGGCCGUCCACUUCGAGGACAUGGAGCUGGUGUUCGGCGUGCCGCUCAGGCCGGGCACGCCGUCCAGCGAGCAGGACAAGCAGUGGUCCAGAACCAUGAUUCGCGUGUGGUCCACGUUCGCACGCACGGGGAAGCCACCCACUCUGAAGACCUCCAAGUGGCCAGCGUACGACUCGCUCCGGCUCACCACCAUGAAGCUGGGACCGAAGGGAGUGACCGCGCAGCGAGACCCCAAGUGGCAGCGCUGUCGGGCACUGUGCGAGUCUGGCGCUGUGCCGUCGUCGCCUUGAGGGACGACCACACGGCCGUCACGCCCUGAUCAGCCAGUAGCAGUAUCGACGAAGCAGCUGGGGCCCACGCUUUCAUUUCUUUAUUAAUUUUUUUUUACAGUUCCAAUCUCAAGUGCGCGGACUCCGCGAACUUGCGGCAUCCUCUCGGCUGCAGCUUAUACCUUAUUUUGGGCAACUGUGACGCGAUUCAGGGGCGCAUAGUGCC